GGUGAUUUCCUAGAAGCAUGAUUGCUUGUUGGACUUGAUCUCAUAGCCUGGUGAGGACUUCUUUACUGAUAAUGUCAAGUUCAGGUUAUCCUCCCAACCAAGGAGCAUUCAGCACAGAACAAAGUCGUUAUCCUCCCCACUCUGUUCAGUACACCUUCCCCAGCACCCGGCAUCAGCAGGAGUUUGCGGUCCCCGACUACCGGUCUCCUCACCUGGAGGUCAGCCCGGCGUCUCAGCUCCUGCAGCAGCAGCAGCAGCUCCGCAGACGGCCGUCCCUGCUGUCCGAGUUUCACCCCGGCUCCGACAGGCCUCAGGAAAGGAGGACUGGAUAUGAACAGUUUCACCCGGGCCCGUCCCCAGUGGACCAUGAUUCGCUGGAAUCCAAGCGGCCACGUCUGGAGCAGGUCUCUGAUGCCCAUUUCCAGCGUGUCAGUGCUGCGGUCUUGCCCUUAGUGCACGCGCUGCCAGAAGGGUUGAGGUCUUCUGCAGAUGCUAAGAAGGACCCAGCAUUUGGAGUCAAACAUGAAGCUCCUUCCUCUCCAAUCUCUGGGCAAUCGUGUGGAGAUGAUCAAAAUGCUUCCCCUUCGAAACUUUCAAAGGAGGAGUUAAUACAGAGCAUGGACCGCGUGGAUCGGGAAAUUGCGAAAGUGGAACAGCAGAUCCUUAAACUGAAAAAGAAACAACAACAGCUUGAAGAAGAAGCCGCUAAACCUCCAGAGCCCGAGAAGCCCGUGUCCCCGCCUCCCGUGGAGCAGAAACACCGCAGCAUUGUCCAGAUUAUUUACGAUGAGAACCGGAAAAAAGCAGAAGAGGCUCAUAAAAUAUUUGAAGGUCUUGGCCCAAAAGUUGAACUGCCGCUCUAUAACCAGCCAUCAGACACCAAGGUGUACCAUGAGAACAUCAAGGCAAACCAGGUGAUGAGGAAAAAACUCAUUUUAUUUUUUAAAAGAAGAAAUCAUGCAAGAAAACAAAGGGAACAAAAAAUCUGCCAGCGUUACGAUCAGCUCAUGGAGGCGUGGGAGAAGAAAGUGGACAGAAUGGAAAAUAACCCGCGGAGGAAAGCCAGAGAGAGCAAGACGCGGGAGUACUACGAGAAGCAGUUCCCGGAGAUCCGCAAGCAGCGGGAGCAGCAGGAGCGGUUUCAGCGAGUUGGGCAGAGGGGAGCUGGCCUUUCAGCCACCAUCGCUAGGAGUGAACAUGAGAUUUCUGAAAUCAUUGAUGGGCUCUCUGAACAGGAGAAUAAUGAGAAACAAAUGCGACAGCUCUCCGUGAUCCCCCCUAUGAUGUUUGAUGCAGAACAAAGACGGGUCAAGUUCAUCAACAUGAAUGGGCUGAUGGAAGAUCCUAUGAAGGUUUACAAAGACAGGCAAUUCAUGAAUGUUUGGACUGACCACGAGAAGGAGAUCUUUAAGGACAAGUUUAUCCAGCAUCCAAAAAACUUUGGACUAAUUGCAUCUUACUUGGAAAGAAAGAGUGUUCCUGAUUGUGUUUUGUAUUACUACUUAACCAAGAAAAAUGAGAAUUAUAAAGCCCUAGUAAGAAGAAACUAUGGAAAACGCCGAGGAAGAAACCAGCAAAUUGCCCGACCCUCACAAGAAGAAAAAGUAGAAGAAAAAGAAGAAGAUAAAGCAGAAAAAACAGAAAAAAAAGAAGAGGAGAAGAAAGAUGAAGAAGAAAAAGAUGAAAAGGAGGACUCUAAAGAAAACCCCAAGGAGAAGGACAAGACUGAUGGUGCAGCAGAAGAGACUGAGGAGAGGGAGCAGGCCACGCCCCGGGGGCGGAAGACGGCCAACAGUCAGGGCCGCCGCAAGGGCCGGGUCACCAGGUCCAUGACCAACGAGGCUGCCGCCGCCAGCGCUGCAGCCGCCGCGGCCACCGAGGAGCCCCCGCCGCCUCUGCCACCGCCACCAGAGCCCAUCUCUGCGGAACCUGUAGAAACCUCCCGGUGGACAGAAGAGGAGAUGGAAGUUGCUAAGAAAGGUCUAGUAGAACAUGGUCGUAACUGGGCAGCAAUCGCCAAAAUGGUGGGAACGAAAAGUGAAGCCCAGUGCAAAAACUUCUAUUUCAACUAUAAAAGGCGACAUAACCUUGACAACCUCUUGCAGCAGCAUAAGCAGAAAGCCUCACGGAAGCCUCGUGAAGAGCGAGACGUGUCUCAGUGUGAGAGUGUAGCUUCCACUGUUUCUGCUCAGGAGGACGAAGAUAUUGAAGCCUCCAAUGAAGAGGAGAAUCCAGAGGACAGUGAAGGUGCUGAAAAUAGUUCUGAUACAGAAAGUGCUCCUUCUCCUUCACCAGUUGAAGCUGUCAACUUUUUACAUCGCACUUGCAGAAUUUUUCCCAUGGACUCAAAGCCUUCACUGUUAAACCCCACUGGAUCUAUACUGGUUUCAUCCCCAAUAAAACCAAAUCCACUGGACCUGCCCCAGCUUCAGCACCGAGCUGCUGUUAUCCCGCCGAUGGUUUCCUGCGCCCCGUGUAACAUGCCCGUCGGGGCCCCCGUGAGUGGCUACGCGCUCUACCAGCGGCACAUCAAAGCCGUGCACGAGUCCGCGCUCCUGGAGGAGCAGCGGCAGAGGCAGGAGCAGAUGGAUUUGGAGUGCAGGGGCCCUGCCAGUCCCUGCGGCACCUCCAAGAGUCCCGGCAGAGAGUGGGAAGCCCUGCAGCCGGCGCCGCAUCAGGUGAUGACCGGCCUCCCCGAAGGGGUCCGCCUCCCGACAGCGCGGCCCACCCGGCCACCGCCGCCUCUCAUCCCUUCGUCCAAAACCACCGUGGCUUCAGAAAAGCCAUCGUUCAUCCUGGGAGGCUCCAUCUCACAGGGGACCCCCGGCGCUUACUUGCCUUCUCCUAACCAGGCGUCCUACGCCCCGGAGGCAGCCAAGCCCUCGGCAGGCUCCAUCUCGCUGGGACUGCCGCGCCAGCAGGAGGCCGCCAAGCCAGCUCCUGUGCCCUACAUCAAACAGGAAGAAUUUUCUCCCCGAAGCCAGAACUCACAGCCUGAGGGCUUACUGGUCAGAGCCCAGCACGAAGGAGUGGUCAGAGGUACCACGGGAGCCAUUCAGGAGGGCAGUAUAACUCGGGGAACCCCAGCCAGCAAACUUCCUGUGGAGGGCAUCCCGUCCCUCCGGGGCUCCAUCACCCAGGGGACCCCGGCUCUGUCCCAGGCUGGCAUCCCAACCGAGGCUUUGGUGAAGGGGCCCAUUUCUAGACUGUCCAUUGAAGAGGGCGGUCCUGAGAAGGGCCGAGAGGAAGCUGCAUCCAAAGGCCACGUCAUCUAUGAGGGCAAGAGCGGACACAUCUUGUCCUAUGACAAUAUUAAGAACGCCCGAGAAGGGGCAAGGAGCCCUAGGACAGCGCACGAAAUCAGCCUGAAGAGAAGCUACGACUCCGUGGAAGGAGCUCUGAAGCCAGGGUUGUCCGUGAGGGAGUCUCCCGUGUCAGCACCGCUAGAGGGGCUGAUAUGCCGGGCGCUGCCCAGGGGGAGCCCUCACGCGGACCUCAAGGAGAGGACUGUGCUGUCUGGGUCCAUAAUGCAGGGCACACCAAGAGCGACCACUGAGAGCUUUGAAGACGGCCUUAAGUACCCCAAGCAGAUUAAACGGGAGAGCCCGCCCAUUCGUGCGUUCGAAGGCGCCAUCAGCAAAGGGAAGCCUUACGACGGCAUCACCACCAUCAAAGAGAUGGGGCGCUCGGUGCAUGAGAUCCCGCGGCAGGACGCGGCUGCUCCGGAGAGCCGGAAGACCCCAGAGGGGGUCCCGGGCACCAGGCCCAUCGUCGAGGGCUCCAUCUCCCAGGGUACCCCCAUCAAGUUUGACAGCAGCUCGGGUCCGUCUGCCAUCAAACACAACGUCAAGUCCUUGAUCACGGGGCCUAGCAAGCUGCCGCGUGGGAUGCCUCCGCUGGAAAUCAUGCCAGAGAACGUGAAAGCGGCCGAGCGGGGCAAGUACGAGGACAUGAAGGCGGGGGAGCCCGUGCGCUCCCGGCACACGUCGGUGGUGAGCUCCGGCCCCUCGGUCCUGCGGUCCACGCUGCACGAGGCCCCCAAAGCGCAGCUGAGCCCAGGGCUUUAUGAGGACGCCAGCGCAAGGCGCACGCCCGGCAGUUACGCCAGCACCGUGUCCAGAGGCUCCCCCAUGCUGAGCAGAGCCCCCGAUGUUACGAUUUCUUCUAGCAAGUCCAGCAGUCACGAGAGAAAAUCGACCCUGACGCCCACCCAGAGGGAGAGCAUCGCCGCCAAGUCCCCGGUGCCGGGGGUGGACCCCGCAGUCAGCCACAGCCCCUUCGAGCCCCACCACAGGGCCGGCGCGCCCGGGGAGGUGUAUCGCAGCCACCUCCCCACACAUCUGGACCCAGCCCUGCCGUUCCACCGCGCUCUGGACCCUGCAGCUGCCGCGUACCUGUUUCAGAGACAGCUGUCGCCCACUCCCGGCUACCCGAGCCAGUACCAGCUGUAUGCGAUGGAGAACACGAGGCAGACCAUCCUGAACGACUACAUCACCUCGCAGCAGAUGCAAGUGAACCUGCGCCCCGAUGUGGCCAGAGGGCUCUCCCCGCGGGAGCAGCAGCUGGGCCUCCCGUACCCGGCCGCCAGGGGAAUCAUUGACCUGACCAACAUGCCUCCAGCAAUUUUAGUGCCUCAUCCAGGGGGAACAAGUACGCCUCCCAUGGACAGAAUCACAUACAUCCCCGGUACCCAGAUCACCUUCCCCCCCAGGCCGUACAACUCGGCAUCCAUGUCUCCAGGACACUCGACACACCUUGCUGCGGCGGCAAGUGCCGAGCGGGAGAAGGAGCGGGAGCGCCUGGCCACGGCCCCCUCGGACCUGUACCUGCGGCCAGGCUCCCAGCUGUGUGGGGAGGCGGGGAAGGAGGGUUGGAAGGUCGUGACGUUUAGAGUCACGGUUCGGUGCAGGAGGCAGGUGCUGUGGGGACAGGGCACUUGGGUGGCAGUGGCCUGCGGCUCAGAUGCCGAAGCCGCGGAGUUGGCGGGGCCGAGCUCCUGGGGAGGACGCGUCGGAGGAGCAUCAGAGGCGAACAAGCCCCCGGUGCUGCGGUCCCCAGCCCUCUUCCUCACGGCCCCUCAGGAGCCUGUGUUGCAGCAGAGACCCAGCGUCUUCCAGGGAACCAAUGGAACCAGUGUGAUCACACCUUUGGACCCGAGCGCUCAGCUGCGAAUCAUGCCGCUGCCUGCCGGGGGCCCUUCCAUCAGCCAGGGCCUGCCGGCCUCGCGUUACAACACGGCUGCAGAUGCCCUGGCUGCUCUGGUGGACGCCGCAGCUUCUGCCCCCCAGAUGGACGUGUCCAAAACGAAAGAGAGUAAGCACGAAGCCGCCAGGUUGGAAGAAACUUUGCGCAGCAGGUCAGCCGCAGUCAGUGAGCAGCAGCUAGAGAAGGGCGUGGAGGCGGAGAAGCGAGCCGGGCAGUGUGCGUGCGCCUCCGCUCCCCCGCCGGGUGGCAGGCCCCAGCCUCACCCCGCGGUGGUUCACCCUGAGGCUGGGAAGGAGAAGGGGCCUCCUCCCAAGUCCAGAUACGAGGAGGAGCUCAGGACCCGAGGGAAGACCACCAUUACCGCAGCCAACUUCAUAGACGUGAUCAUCACCCGGCAGAUCGCCUCGGACAAGGACGGCAGGGAACGCGGCCCCCAGAGCUCAGACUCUUCCGGCAGCUUGUCUUCUCACCGGUAUGAAGCCCCGAGCGACGCCAUCGAGGUGAUAAGCCCGGCCAGCUCCCCCGCGCCGCCGCCCGAGGGGCUGCAGGGCUGCCCGCCCGAGCGGGGGAGGGCCAGCCAGCCAGAAGGCGAAGCCACCAGACAGUACGAAGGACCAUCACACCACUACCGCCCGCAGCAGGGAUCGCCGUCCCCACAGCAGCCGCCCCCGUCUUCCCAGGCCGAGGGGGUGGGGCAGGUGCCCCGGACACACCGACUCAUCACACUCGCCGACCACAUCUGCCAAAUUAUCACACAAGAUUUUGCUAGAAAUCAAGUUUCCUCGCAGCCUCCCCAGCAGCCCCCCACCUCCACAUUCCAGAACUCACCGUCUGCACUAGUGUCAACACCUGUGAGGACUAAAGCGUCAAACCGUUACAGCCCAGAAUCCCAGUCCCAGUCUGCUCACCAUCAAAGACCAGGUUCACGGGUCUCUCCAGAGAACCUCGUGGACAAGUCGAGGGGCAGCCUCAGGCCUGGGAAGUCCCCAGAGAGGAGUCACAUCUCUUCGGAUCCCUACGAGCCCGUCUCCCCGCCGCAGGGCCCGGUCGUGCACGAGAAGCAGGAGGGUGUGCUGCUGCUGGCCCCGCGGGGGCCCGAGCCCGCCGAGCCCAGGAACGAUUCCCGCUCCCCGGGGAGUAUCAGCUACUUGCCUUCAUUCUUCACCAAGCUCGAAAAUACGUCACCCAUGGUUAAAUCAAAGAAGCAGGAGAUUUUUCGUAAGUUGAACUCCUCUGGUGGAGGUGACUCUGAUAUGGCAGCUGCUCAGCCAGGAACCGAGAUCUUUAAUCUGCCCGCAGUCACCACCUCAGGCGCGGUGAGCUCCCGGGGCCACUCCUUCGCGGACCCCGCCAGCAACCUCGGGCUGGAGGACAUCAUCCGGAAGGCGCUCAUGGGGAGCUUUGACGACAAAGUUGAGGAUCACGGGGUCGUCAUGUCCCAGCCCGUGGGCGUCGUGCCUGGUGGGGCCAGCACCUCGGUUGUGACCGGUGGUGAGGCCCGGAGGGAGGAAGGGGACCCGUCACCUCACUCAGGAGUUUGCAAACCAAAGCUGAUCAGCAAGUCAAACAGCAGGAAAUCUAAGUCUCCCAUCCCUGGGCAAGGCUACCUAGGAACUGAGCGGCCCUCGUCCGUGUCCUCUGUGCACUCAGAAGGGGAUUACCACAGGCAGACGCCGGGGUGGGCCUGGGAGGACAGGCCCUCCUCCACAGGCUCCACGCAGUUCCCCUACAACCCGCCCCUCGCUCCUGUCACUCUGCUGCACUCUCCUGUGCUCGAGGUCCUCAAAGCAAGCUUCAGAUCAGGCCAUCUGGACAUGGAGGCCCGAAACACCCUGCACAGUGCCGAGCGCGACGAGGGCCUGGCGAGGUCAGCUGUGACCUGGGGCGUGACUCUGCAGGCCGUGUCCUGA